AUGACUUUGAUUAUAAGAUGUGUAGAUUUGGAAAGUGUUCCGUUAAAAGUAGAAGAGUUUUUUUUAGAGUUUUUAGUUGUAGAAGAUACAUCCGGUUUAGGUCUUUUUAAUGUUUUACAAGAUGCCCUAAAAUCUCUUGAUUUGGAUAUUAACUAUGUUCGUGGUCAAGGGUAUGAUAAUGGGGCGAAUAUGAAAGGAUAUAGGGAAAAUGGGUUUGACUUUGCUAUUAGUGAAGCAAAAGAAAUAGCAAAUAGUGUUAAAGUUAAACCCGAAUUUACUCAAAAACAUAUGGCUCUUGUUCAAUUGAAAAGUAGAUUUGAACAAAUGCAAUAUUUUGAAUCUAUAUUUGGUUUUUUGUUUGAUGGUUCCAAAUUAGUUUCUUUAGAUGAUGAUGAAUUAAAAAAAUAUUGUUUAAAUCUUGAGUCCAAUUUGAAAAAUGGUGAAGAUUAUGAUAUUGAUGGAGACGGUUUAUUCAUUGAGUUACAAAUUUUGCAGAAAAUGUUGACGGGUGAAGCUUACAAAAGUGAAAGUCCUUGGACAUCUAUUCAAAUAAUGGAGUAUGCAAGAAGAAUGGAUAUGUUCCCUAAUGUGUUGGUUGCUUAUAGGAUAUUGUUGACGGUGUCAGUUACGGUUGCUUCCGCGGAAAGAAGUUUUUCAAAAUUGAAGCUUUUGAAAUCGUAUCUCCGAAGUACCAUGAGUCAAGAAAGAUUGAAUGGAUUAGUAAUUUUAAGUAUUGAAAGUGAUUUUUUACAAAAUAUUGAUUAUUGUAAAAUAAGAGAUGUUUUUGCUUCAAAAAAUGCACGAAGACAUCAUUUUAGGUGA